AUGUCGUCCUCGCAAAACUAUGUCUCUCAAAGGGUGCUGCUUGGGGUGGCAUACUCGAUGCUUGGAAUCACCACCGUUGUCUUUUUGGCCAGGGCGCUGGUGAGAGUCCGUCAACCGAAAAGAUUCGUGGCCGAGGAUUUCUUCCUUCUGCUUGCCUACCUCUUCUUUCUCUCCCUCACCAUCAUGUAUAUCGUCUUAGCCCCGACCAUGUUCCGGGUCACCGACGCAACAACGGGCAAGAUACCAAUUUACCCCACGAUCCUGGCCGACUCCCUCUUUAUGAUCAAGAUCUUCUUCGCCAACACUAUGAUCUUCUGGUUUACGCUAUAUUCGGUCAAAUUUGCUUUCCUGUGCCUCUAUCGCCGACUGAUGAUGGGCAUUCCGAUGUACUUGAAGCUCUGGUGGGCGGCCGUUGGAUUUUGCGUCUUGACCUUGAUUGGUUGUGUCAUUACGAACUUUACCAGCUGCCACAGCAUGCAUGCAUGGUUUACGCCAGGGUUAUGCACCGAGAAAAGAGAUGUAGAUGCUCAAAUUGCCUCGCUAUAUUACGCGUACGCGGUUGACGUCUUGUCGGAUCUCUUCAUCAUGUUCCUCCCUCUACGUCUGAUCUGGAAAUUACAACGGCCGACAGCGCAAAAGGUCGGCAUUGGAGCUCUCUUCUGCGUCGGGUUGAUCUGUAUCAUCUUCGCCACAAUCCGUGUGGUCCAAAUUGGAGUCAAAACACAGGGGCAUUCGACCCCGUCCUCGUCAUGGCUCGCCUUGUGGGCGAUUGUCGAGUCGGCUGUUGUCAUCAUGGUGGGCUGUUGCCCCGGUCUGUAUUCCAAGGCCAAAGAAGCACACUCGUCACGCAAGAACACGUCCAAGCAGAGCGGCAUGCCUCCGACGUACGGCUACGCAAGCCACGGCUAUGCCAAACAGGGAACUGCUCCUGGAAGCACUACCAUGGGAACCAACAACCGCGACAGCCGAGCCGCCAACGGGGACAUUGAGAUGGGACAUCUCCCCACCAAGGUCUCUGCCGGCGGACAGACCCGGCGAUGGAAGGACAAAAUGAGCAGCGUCACAGACACAUUCUGGGCGAAUGACAGCUCCAGCCAAGAGGAGCUCAACACCAACAAACAGAUCUACGUCAGCACGAGCAUCGAGAUCAAGGACGAGGAGGAAGGGGACCGCGCCGGCAGUCGAAGGGAAGCCGAUUAUCACUAUCCCAAGAGCCCAGUUUGA